AACUGCAAAGUUCCCUUUGUUGGAAGAAGCACUUGCUCUCUGGGUAUCAAGAGUAACAACAGCAUUACAAACGGUUACUAGAGUAAUAAUUCAGCGUAAAGCAGUUCAAUUGGCAGAAGGUCUUAAUGUG